GGAAGUGGAGUGUGUGUAUUCUGCUCUCUGCCCGGAAAUGGAGGACACUGGUCAGGAUGGAAUCUUGUCACCAGCUACCCCAGGAGCAGGCAAAUCUAAGCUGGACUUACUGCCAAAGGAGGAGCUCAUCAAAUUUGCAAAGAAGCAAAUGGUUGUUAUUCAAAAAGUUAAGGGACGAUGCUCAGAUCUUGAGAAAGAAGUAGAGGUGCUCAAAUCAAGACCAGUUAAAGAAGAGAACAAUGAUGUUUUACAGGCACUCAGUGAAAGACUUGACUCUGUUCUUUUAGAAAAAGCUGAAAUUCAGCAGCAGUUGGUCAUUCUGAAAAAAGAAUAUGCAAAAACAAAACAUGAAGCUGAGGAUGCUGAGACAAAAGGAUCGGAGCUACAGAAAUCUUGGGAAGAGUCGCGCAACAGCUUAUUAAAAGAGGUAGAAACGUUAAAGCAUGAGCUGCAGCAAACUCGAUGCAGGCAAAAAGACGAGGUGGAUUCGAUGCAAAGAGAGCUGCAAGAUGCUAUUGAAAGACAAAAUGCUCUUUCAAAUUCCCUACAAUUAUGUGAAGAUAAAAAAGCAGAGAGUAAAAAACUGGAAGAAGAAGUUCAACAGCUCCACAGAGCCUACAAAGAACAGAUAUCUGAUUUAAACAAAGCUUUGCAAUCCGUCACAGAAGAGAAAAAUCAGGAAAUCGCCAAGCUCAAAGAUGCAGCGUUGUCAUGUUCAGAAGAGUACUGUGCUAAGACCCAAAACCUUAAUGAGGAACUUUUAAGGCUUGGGUCUGUACACCAGACUGAAGUGUCCGAGCUAAUGAAUAAGCUUGAGUAUGUAGCAAAGCAAUAUGAGAGUGAGAAGGAGAAAACGCAAGACCUGAUUAAACAGUAUGAAAAUAAAGAGAGCUUGUUGAUUGAAGAAAACGAGAAAAAAGCAAAGUAUGAGUGUGAAAUCCAAAUUCUCAGAGAAAAACUAGAGAACAGGUGUACUUUUGAUAGUACACCUGUAGAACAAGGUAAAGCUGAACAUCUGGAAGGCCUUUUGGCCGAGUUAGAGUCUCGGCACAGCAUUCUGAGAGAUGAGCUUACCUAUACAAACAAUGUGAAAGCCGAAUUGGAAAUGGAAGUACAACAACUAAAAGCGGAGUAUUUUCACGAACGAGAAGACCUGGAAUUCAAGAUAAAUGAGCUGCAACUUGCCAUAGAAGACUACAAUAAUUUAACAGAGAAAUUACAAUCUCAACUUCAGACCACAAAAACAGAGUUUGAGAGACUGAGGACAGAGCAAAGCAAGGGAAUCCAAGACAUGAGAGAACAACACAAGAAAGAAAUAGCAGAGUUGAAACAAGCAAUAUCAGCACGCUUUGAAAAUGAGAGAUCAACAUUAACAGAUGAAAUAAAUGUUCUUAAGGAACAGUGUGUUAAACUUGAGGAGGAAAAAGAAGAGGCACUAAGUAAUUAUGAUUCCAUCAAGCAAACACUUCUUAACUUUGAAAUGGAACUUGGUGAAUCUGCUGGCAAGAUCAGCAAAGAGUUUAAAGCAAUGAAAGAGCAGCAGGCCACUGAUGUCCAUGAGCUUCAGCAGAAGCUGAGAGCUGCCUAUAAAGACAAGAAUGACUUGAUGGAAACUGUGAACAGGCUAAAGGCUGAGGCAGAGAAUUUAUCGUCCAAGAAAACUGAAUAUGAUGAACUUCAGCUUCAAAUUAGUCACCUGCAGAAGAUGAAUGAAGAGAUUAUGGCAUCACUGUCCCAAAAAGAGGAGAUUCUAAAAGACACAGAGAUCAAAUUUAAUCAAAAUACAGUGCAAAACACAGAGAUGGCCUCAAGUAUUAGUUCAUUAAGUGAGAAACUAUCAGAACUGCAGACAAUGUGCAAAAGCGAGGAAGCAAAGAAUUUGGCUUUACAGCAGGAAGCUGAAUCUCAGGCAAAAUGUAAUGCUGAAUUGAAACAAACCAUAGAUGAGUUAACUAAACAACUAGACGAAUCUAUGAGCAGCAGUCACCAGAAUCAAGGUUGUGUCAACAGUCUCCAACAGCAAAUGGAUAUGUUGGUUCUUGAGAAGCAAAAGAUGGAGAUAGAGUUACAAAAUGGCAACAAUAAUGUUUCAAGACUUGGAGAAGAAAACAAUAUGCUCAUCAGAGAGCUUGAUAAGCUUAAGACUGAACAUGAUGACUGCCUCACAUUAAGAAAUGAACUGGAGGAAAUGAGAAUUAAAUUGCAAGACAUCGCAGAAGGCAAGGAAUGUACAGAAAAGUUGCUUGAAACAGAGAAACACCAGAUUGAAGCAAUACAAUGUCAGCUUAUUAUUGUUAUGGAGGCAUUGUCACUUGAGAAUAAUGAAGAGCAAGAUCUAAUCCUUGAGCUUCAAACAAUCAGUGCUGCGGUGUGUCACCUGAAUCAAGAAAACCAACAUCUGACAUCACUGAUAGAUGAGAAAUCUGUUCAACUUGGGAGACUACAGGAAGAAUUAGAGUCUCAGUGUGCCGAGUUAAGAGCUUUAUCAAGUGACUACUCUAAAGAGAAAACGCUGUUGAAGGAGGAAUUAGAGGAAACCCUUGCAGACAAAAAAGCCCUGCAAAUGGACCUGCUAGAGAUGAAAAUUGCACUCGAAAAAGCAAAGCUGGAAAAUCAGGGCCUCCUUUCUCACACAGAAAAGCUUGCUGCAGACCUGGAGUGUAUUGAGAAACAGAAGACAUCGACUAAUCUAGAGUCUAAUCAGGAAGACGUAAAAAUCACAAUAGAAAAUAAGGAUUCUAGUAUCCAUGCGCUUACACAAGAACUGGACUCGGCUAAGGAUUUACUUUCAAAAGCAAAAGCUUUAGAACUUGAACAGCAAACAUACAUGUCAGAACUUCAAAACAAAAUAGACAUUAUGCUGAAGGAAUCUAAAGAAAAAGAGGAGAAAAGCAACAAAAUUAAGGCAGUUGCUAUAAAAGCAAAGAAGGAAUUAGACUCCAGUAAGAAGGAGGUUCAAUCAACAAGAGAGGAGCUGGAGAGACUGAAGGCAGACAAAGAUCAGUUGUCCGUUUCCAUGAAGGAUCUCAUGCAAACUGCAGAAGGAUAUCAGAAUCUCUUGCUGGAAUACGACAGACAGACAGAGCAGCUGGAAACAGAGAGAGAACGCAAUAACAAUGCCGAGCGCCAAAUUGAAGAUUUAUGCAGGCAGUUGCGAGCAGCUUCUGUUGAGCAAGAGAAGCUAACGUCUAUAAAUGAGGAUUACGUGGCUCGCAUGGAAACUAUGCAGUCUAAUAACAAGUUACUGGAAGCACAGUUAUUAGAGACGCAGCGUGCUAAGACUGUGUUGGAUAAAGAACUGGAUGCUGAACGGUUAAUAAAGGAGCAAAAGAUGAAGGAAUUCACUGGUGCCCAGAAACAAGUGGAAGAGCUUCAAACACAGCUACAAAAAGAACGGAAACAGCUUCAAAAAACUAUGCAGGAGCUUGAGCUAGUCAGGAAGGAUGCUCAGCAGAGUACACUGAUGGACAUGGAAAUUGCUCAUUACGAUCGCCUGGUUAAAGAACUCAACCAAACGAUUACCAACAAAAGCAGCCAGCUGGAUGACAUGGAGCAGGAGGUCCGUAUCCAGAAGCAGAAACAGGAAAUGCUUCAGGAAGAAAUAUCUUCGUUACAAGCAACUCUCGAGCAACAUGAGGAGCGUAGUACAAAGAUGAAACAACUUCUGGUGAAAACCAAAAAGGAGAUAGCAGACACUAAGCAAGCAGAAUCUGACCAAUUAAUUCUUCAGGCCUCUCUGAGGGGUGAGUUGGAAGCAAGCCAGCAACAGUUGGAAUCCUACAAGAUUCAGCUAGCUGAACUGAUGUCUGAAAAGCACAAAGUUCAGGAACAGUUCCGAACCCUGUCUGAGCAGCAUCAAAGGGCCGCAAUCACCUACCAGCAAAAACUUUCUGCUCUGCAAGACGAAUGCGCAGUUGCAAAGACCGAGCAAGCCACAGUGAGUGCUGAAUUUGAAAGCUACAAAGUGCGUGUCCAUAAUGUUUUAAAACAGCAGAAAAAUAAAUCUAUUUCUCAAACUGAACAGGAGGUCUUCAAACAAGAGAGGGAGCACUUGCAGAUAAUGCUGGACCAGGUAAAAGCUAAGCUGCAAGAGACACAACAGAACCUGCAGAUCAAUACAUCUGAGUUGCUUGCUUUACAGUCUGAACAUGACACACUGCUUGAGAGACACAACAAGAUGCUACAAGAGACUGUUACAAAAGAGGCAGAACUUAGAGAGAAAUUAUGCACAGCGCAGUCUGAGAAUGUGAUUCUUAAAACUGAGCAUGCACAGGCAAUCAGCCAGCUCAGCGCCCAAAUUGAAGCUCAAAGGAACAGCUUUCAGGACAAAAUCAGACAUAUGCAAGAUGAUCAUAGGAAAACAGUGGAGACUCUACAGCAACAGUUGACUAAGGUAGAAUCACAGCUCUUCCAAAUCAAGAACGAAUCCUCUGUUUCAAGUUCCCAACAAUCAUUAAAGAAUUUUAGAGAAAGAAGACCGACUGACCUUCCCCUCCUGGAUAUGUACUCUGUGGCUCGAGAAGAAGGAGAAGGGAUGGAAACAACAGACACUGAAUCUGUGUCUUCUGCUGGUACGCACGUGGCAUCAUUAGAGCAGCUUCUCAACUCAUCUGAUCUAAGACCUGAUAAAUCAACAGAACCUACGUUAUGGCAACCAGAGGUUUCUAAAGAAGAACUGGCCCAGAAACUAACUACCACAUCAAAGAGUGUUGAUCAUCUAAGUGGGCUUCUUCAUGAAACAGAAGCAACUAAUGCCAUUCUUAUGGAACAAAUUACACUUCUUAAGAACGAAAUUCGGCGCUUGGAGAGGAAUCAGGAGAGAGAGAAAUCUGUGGCAAAUUUGGAAUAUCUGAAGAAUGUGCUGCUACAGUUCAUAUUUCUGAAGGCAGGCAGUGAGAGACAGCGCCUCCUUCCUGUCAUAGACACCAUGUUGCAGCUAAGUCCGGAGGAGAAGGCGAAAAUGGUUGCUAUUGCUCAAGGUGAAGAAGAAGCAGAUGCUCGUCCCGCAGGUUGGGCUUCCUACUUGCAUAGCUGGUCAGGACUCCGGUAGUACCAAGGAUAUGUACAGAUGCACACAAUACAUUCCAGGAUUGCACAUACUUCCUUACUUUUACUUUUAUUAUUUAACUUUUAUUUGCACCCCAUGAUAAGACAUUUGUUUGGUGGGGUUUUUUUCUACCCUGCGUUUUAAAGCUUUGAAUUUGAUAUGACAGUUGUUUUUUUCCCCCAGAUUGAUUAUUUAGUUGUCAUUAGAAAACUUUUUUAAAAGAAGUUAUUGGAUUUCCUUUUCCAUGAAAUACAAACUAGUGCGGGGUUGGGCGUUAAUACAAGUGUUCCUUUUCUUUCUUCGGUAUAGUUUGAUGCCUGUUAUUAGAUUGUGGCAUUGUUCUCACGAAUCAGCCUUGGUAGCACCAACACCAACAUUGUAUGACAAUAAAUGCUAUAUCCCUAUCUGGAAUAAAUGUCAUAGUAUUGUAUAUUGAAGAGUUAUUUAGGUUUUUACUUGAAAAACGAAACCCCUCCAACAUCUUAGCUGCUUAAUUUUCAGCAAUCUAUUCUGGAUGGUUCCCUUUAACUCAGAUACUGAUACCGAGUGAGAAGAGACAAAAGCCUUUCACUUGUUGCAUAGGUUUCAGAAAAGGGAAAUGAGGAGAUCAUUUUCUCUUUAAACAUAAAUAACAUGGUAUUCUCAUGUAUUCAUGGUUAUUUAACUAAAAAAUAUACUGUGCAGUUGUCUUUGUUUUUUGGGGGGGUUUGUCUUUGUUUGUCUUUAAAGUGGGGGGGUUAUUUUUUUUUUUUGAGAGGAGGGGGGUAGUGUUCUUGUUUGUUUGUUUAUGUCCGCAAUAUGUAGUUCUAUAGGUACACUCUAAUGCACCCAUCAUGCACAACGUUCUUCUUUGUAAUGGUUUUAAUUCUUUGAGUUGCAUAAAUGUUGUACCUAGUACAUUUUUUUUUUCUAAUCCCAACUAAUAAUGUGAAAAAUCACCAAUUCUUUCUGUAUUUUAGCAUUCUGAAUUAUUCUUUAGUUCUGUAGAUGACUAGUUGUUGCAGCUGUUUAAUCAUGUCUCCGCCAGUGCCUUAAUUACAUCAUGUUCGGUGCAAUUUAGAGGACAUGCUCUGUGUUUUACCAUUUUGAUAAGUCCAAGGUGGGAAGUUUGAAGAUUUACAAGUAGAAAUUUACAAUAAUGCGUGAAUGGUUGAUUUAUUCUGCUGCUUACGGAGUUUUGAAGAGAUUUUAUAUUAUGUUGGCUAAUGAUGACUAACUUUGACAUUUGAGCGUAGGAGUAUUAUGAGAUAUGUAGUGGAUAAUCGCGCCACAGUUUAGACCUAUGGAUCCAUAUAUUAAGAGUUCGAUAUGGUUGUCCCACCAUAUGCCUUCCAGGAUUGCACCAUUAUUUAAAGAACUCUUCUAAAAAUAUAUUUUUUUAAAAUAAACUCCUCUUAACAAAAUGGUGAUCUGGCAACCCGAAUGGGAAGUAACACUAAUAUUUUAAAACAAUUUGAUGUGAUUUUGUGAAAAGAAACAACCAGUUCGGAUUCAUGAUUAUGUUAUUGUACAUAUGUUAAAAUGUGUUCACUUUUUGUAUUAAAUAGUCUUUUGUUACUUUUUGUGUUUAUAAUGUAAUUUUGGAUUUUAAAGGAACACUCCAAGCACCAUAACAACUACAGUCUGCUGUAGUGGCUAUUGUGCCAGGAGUGAGCAGGCGUCCCCUC